AUGAAUGUCAAGAUAAAGUUGUUCGUUGUUCUCCUUUCGCUUGCAUACUUCUGCACUCCUGCAAUCACUGACCAGAGUGAAGAAGUAGCUAAAAUUCAAGAACUGAUUGACACAACCUCAAUUGGUUUAGAUAAGUGUGAGACUGAUGAUGUCGUCAUGUUUGCACUUCUCACUGUCAUUAUAGUGAUUAUGUUGCUCAUGCUCUACAUUUACGUUAACUCUUGGGCUACCUAUUGGAAUAUUCCUGACAAUGUUUCAGAAGAACAGCGAAAUGCUUUGGAGCAAGAAGAAGAAAGAAAGGAUCGAGAAUUCUUGCAAACGUUCCCUGUGAUCACAACCAUUGUUGUGUUGAGCAUUACUAUCAGAGAACUCAUCUAUUUCAACUUCGAAGAACUGCCCGGAAUUGGAAAGCUUCCUAAUAAAAAUACGAUGCGAGCCUAUGGCUUGUCCAUUCUCUUGAAUGCUCACCGUACCAAUUUCAAUGGAUUGGUUGCAACCAUCGUCGAACAAUUGGAAGAGUUGUUCCUUUGA